ACAUCUAGAAGAUUUAAGAGUAGCAUUAUGCCAGAACCAGCGAAGACUGCACCCAAGAAGGGCUCCAAGAAGGCGGUGACUAAAACCGCCGGCAAAGGAGGAAAGAAGCGCAAGAGGACCAGGAAGGAGAGCUAUGCCAUCUACGUGUACAAGGUACUUAAGCAGGUUCACCCUGAUACUGGAAUCUCUUCGAAGGCGAUGGGCAUCAUGAACUCCUUCGUCAACGACAUUUUUGAACGUAUCGCCGGUGAGGCGUCUCGUCUCGCUCACUACAACAAGCGCUCCACCAUCACAUCGAGAGAGAUCCAGACCGCCGUCCGUCUGCUGCUCCCUGGAGAGCUGGCCAAACACGCCGUGUCUGAGGGCACAAAGGCCGUCACCAAGUACACCAGCUCCAAGUAAAACGCGGAGUCAUUUUCUACCCAAAGGCUCUUUUAAGAGCCACCCAUGUUUUCAUAUGUAGAGCUUUAUUUCUGUUCAUUGUUAACCUAAAAUUGCACUAUUCAGAAGACUUUAUUUAGCUUGAAGAAACAACGCCAAAUUAAGCGAGCAGUAAUCCACAGGUUUGUAAUAGUUCAAUCAAUCCAGAGCCGGAGGGAUAUCAUUGGAAAGCCGGCUACCAUUAGUAUUUCCUACAAUUUGAAGUCAAUAGUUACAGGUUUUUAGCAUUCCUCAAUAUAUUUUGUGUUUAACAGAGUAAACGCACUCAAGGUUUGGAACUACUUUAGGGUGAGAAAAUAGUAAAAUUCUGUUAUACGAGGGCUGGAAGAUCAUCUAAAAGUGCAAUAACAAGCAGUUUCAGAUAAGAGAUGGAGAACGGGAGGGGAAAAAAAGUUCAGUUCUUUUAUUCCACUAUCUUUAGUAAAUUGUAUAACUGUUUCAAACCUUAGACUGUACUGCAUUUUCACUCUUUAAUAACAAUCACUUAAAAGUUUCUCUAAUUUCUAAGCUUAUCAGCUGGGCUAUCAUUUCUUGUACAGAUUUACAUGAUAUCAAUAAAUGUUUCACCCUCUCAUAAUUCUAUUUUUAAUGUUUUCCUAUAAUAAAAGAACAUAACUUAU